CGUAGCCAGCCAUCCUUCCGUUCCAUCGUCACAAGCAAACCACACUCUCGCUCAGACGCGAACACGCGCCGCCAUGUCCAUGGCAUCCCGAGCCGCCUCCGGCCUCCGCGCGGCGGCGCUGCAGAGCUACCGCCGCCCCGCCGUCCUCCAGUCCCGCUCGGCCGCCACGGCGACCGCCGCGCACCCCGGCGGCGCGAAGGCCGGCAGCAAGCUGCCCCGCGGCGACUACGUGCCGGUGUACGUGGCGCUGGGCCUGAUCGCGCUGUCGGUGACGCUGGGGCUGAGCACCGCGCGGCAGCAGCUGGCGCACGCGCCCAACGUCCGGGUCGACAAGAAGAAGCGCGAGACGGUGCCCGAGGUGGCGGCGCCCGACCUGGCGCUCGACGAGGGCGAGCGCUUCGUCGGGAACUCGCUCUUCCGCAAGGUCGCCCACGUGCAGGACGACCGCAGCCUCGCCGCCGGCGUCGCCGACCCCGUCGCCGAGUACCCGACGAAGAAGGCUGUGACGCUCAAGGACGUGGGCGUGGAGACGCCGGGCAUCGAGCAGAGCAGGGAGGGCAUAAUCGACAGGAUCUUCAAGAAGAACCACGCUUAAUUGACGAGCGAGAGUGUCGACUUUACUUCCUGCUUUCAUUUAGAGUCUAGUUUGGAGUCGAAUCGGCUGUACUUUUAAAGGUCGAUGUGCCACCUGAUGUACAUAGUCGAGAACACUCUGGUUUCUCAAAAGAAAUAAUGAAACGUCUGCAACAUGGUCCCACAUAAAGAAAUCUUCGUCACGGAGCUUCCGGGGAUGGAUGAGAUGAGAUUGAGGACGAUGGCGCUGUCAUAUCAGUAGUAAACCAUAUGUACAUCCAGGACCGUCUCGAUGUGUAUAUAAGGGGUGGUUUGGGAUAGGUUUAACACCGAUGUGGAUGUUUGAUACUAAUUGUUUAAUAUCUGUCAGAUCCGAAUUACUAA